AUGACGACAACAAUCGACGUACUAUUGAACAACUCCCAAAAAUCUUCUUUGAAAAUAAAUGUUGGUCAUUUAAAACAUUUUCUACUCAAUGCUAAAGCUCAACGAUGGAUGAUUUGUGAAUGGUUUUAUUCAGAUAUUGACUGGUGUUUAUUUACUACAGAAAAUGAAUUUGAAAAUUGUAUGGAACAUUUUUUUCCUGAAUUUAUUCAUAAUAAAUCUAUGCAAUUUACUCGACAUCAAUGGAAUUUAAUACGACGUCGAUUUGGUAAACCUCGAAGAUUAUCAUCUGCAUAUCUUGAAAAUGAACGAAUAAAAUUAUCUAAACAACGAAAUUUACUUCGUAUUAUUCAACAUGAAACAAAUACACAUUAUCAAUCAGAAAAAAUCUUUUUAAAUAAUCUUCCAUCAAUAAUUCAUUCACCAAUACAAAUAGGAUCUCGUGUUAUUGUUCGACUUUUUCGAUUAAAACACUAUGGUUUAUAUCGUGGACAAUUCCUUGCACGAAAUGAUAAUAAUCAUCAACAGUAUAAAAUUUUAUUCGAUGAUCCAAAUAUUGGUCUAUUGGAUGUUAAUGAUUAUGAUAUUAUGUCUGAAGAACCACUUGAACGUACUGUCCUUGCUGAUAGAUUAAAACUUAUUAAAUUUGGUGAAAAAAAUCAAACAUAUUUUAAUGAUGGUGAUGAUGAUCUUCAAACAACGGAUGAAGAUGAGAUGAUAACAAAAACAGAUGUAAUUACGAAAAUUCCAGAUCGAUUAUUAUAUCUUAUUAUUCGAGUAUCACGAAUACUUUGUGCUAAACGUGAUUCAAUUGAAAAUUUACGUAAAAUGAAUGAUCAAGCUGAAUAUGAAAUAAGUAGACAAAUUCCAUUGAGUGAUGUUUUUCGACGAGAUUAUGCACAUUUAAUUCAAUGGUUAGCUAAAUUAAAUGAAUAUUUAGCAAAAUUUAUCGAUGAAAUUAACAAUAUCUGUCGAAAAAUUGUUACUGACGAACAAUUACUUGUUGUAUUCAAUGAUACAAAAUUCGUAUGUGAUAGAUCACAACGAAUAGCAAAAGAACUUAUUAAUAAACUUAAUAUACCAACAAUGGUUAUUAACGAAGGAAAUAUUCAAUUGAUUACAAAACUUGUGGCUCUAGUUAUUCAAAUGAAGGAAUUUUCUGAAAGUGAAGGAUCAUUUUUGGAAUUACAUGCACUUGAUGAAGCAAAUGAUAAUUUUAAAAAAUAUAUUCAUCCAUCACUUUUAACAACUUAUAAACAAUGUGUAGAAAGUAGUCUAACACAAUUUAAAUCUGGUUUAAAUAAUCGACCAGGUGUGGGUUCAUUGCAAUCAUUUCUUCAUACGCAAACACCAUUAAAUGAUCAACAAACAAAAAAUUCUUCUAUUAAUCAAACUUUCUUUAGUGUUUAA